AUGCCGCUGGGAGAGAAGCUUGGUCGCCCCUUCGAGCUCCUUUCGCUCAUCGGCCGCAAACGCAAGGACGAACAGGACGAACACCACCAGCGUCUCAGCGGCGCGGAGGCGCGCGCCUACGCUAAUGCCACGGGAUCGGGUACCACAGGCUACACGCAUAGCCACAGCAGCCAUCACUCCAGCUCUAGCGGCUUCUACCCUGGCGUCAAGUACGAGCGAAUCACGCCGGCCACGCAGGCGGCGCCGGUCGUCCAGUAUGAGCGUCUCACGCCGGGCUCCGCCGCCGUUUCGACACCAGCUUCUGCGACUUCCGGUGCUCCCGCAGUCACUCACCCGUCACCUCUGGACUACGAGGCUGCAGCGCGUGAAGCGGCCUUCCCCAGUCCGGACCUGGUGCCAUCCGCCGCCGUGGCGUCCAGUUCGUUCCGUUCAGCGCCGUCUCCGGCCCUGUCGUCACUUCCCUCGCCUGGUAUGCUCACGCCACUUACGCCAGCGGUCGGUGUGACCUCGACGCCUGUAGGACGCAGCCCUGUUGUGGACACGAUUCGUCCGUUGCGGCCGCCGCGUCAAGCUCAGAACCUGGCGAGUCCGGCACAACCACCCGUCGGACCCGCUGGAGCGCCGUCUGCACCUUUCUCUUCUGUUAUGGUAGAGUGGAUGAGUCAGUUAAGAACUCCGACGCCCGACGUGACACUCUUGCCGUACUUUAAUAAGGACACACCGACUCCGAUGGACACGAACAGUAUGGACAUGCGACGGCUACAGGACGCGCUGUUGCCGACACCCCCGCCUGAUGUACAUGAUCAGAGACAACACCCAAAGAACGCGGCGUACGUGACGACGCGUGGUCCGCGUCCGCUUCUCGAGGACAUUGCGUCUUUGUGUCGUGAUUUAAAUUCACAGGAAGCUUCGAACGCUAAUAAGGGGAUGCUACCGCCGUCUAGUGGACAGAUAGAAACUAAGUACACGACACUCCCGGCAAGGCCACUGCGUGCUCGUGAGGAAAGUAUCAGCAGCGCUUACUCGGACGAUGGAGAGAGCCAAGCUAGAAUGUUGGCGGCAGCUGCUGCGCUCAGCAGUGUGUCAACAAUGAGUGUGACUAGCACCCCGACGGCUGCCAGCUCUAGCUCAGGUACAAAGGGCAAACGCCGAAAGAUGUGUACAGCUGAAGGUUGCCAGAACUUAUCUCGUUCGCGAGGACUGUGCAAGGCUCACGGAGGAGGCCGACGAUGCAGCGUCGACGGAUGUUCCCGUGCCAGCCAGAGCGGUAGCUUGUGCAUUACUCAUGGAGGUGGCAAGCGCUGCACUGUGGACGGCUGCGUAAAGGCCGCACAGUCGCGCGGCAUGUGCAAGGCUCACGGUGGAGGCGUACGCUGCCGCGUGGAAGGCUGCGCCAAGAGCUCACAGGGCGACGGGUUCUGCCGCUCACACGGUGGCGGUCGCCGCUGUGGCCACCCAAGUGGCUGCUCCAAGUGGGCCCAACGUAAUGGGAUGUGCAUGGCACACAGCGAAGGAAAGUACGGCAACAGCUACCGUGGGCGGCAGCAUCGAAUGGAGAAGCAGGAGGACCCGGCGAUUGUCCAGCAGACUUGA